AGCUCCAUGACACCUUAUUUGGUCAGACUCGUGUAUUCUUGACAUCCUAUGAGUAGACAAUUCAAUAUGUUGCUUGUUUAGGCACUAUAGACAUUGAAAAAAACCCUAUAACUCCGGAUUGAGGAGCCCAAGCUUAGUACGCCGAGGCCCUGAGUUAUAUUCCAUCUAAAGCCAUAAAUACUCUCAGUAUGCGUCCAACAUCUGCCCGCCUCUUUCAGAGCCUCCGGCCGCUGCAACAUGAAAAUCCAUUAGGUCUCCCUCGAUCAGGAACGCCGCCAACCUGGGGUAAACGCCCAGUCCGUCGCAAAAUCACAGGUGUCGAGAAAGUCAUCGCAGUAUCCUCAGCGAAAGGUGGUGUAGGCAAAAGCACAGUUGCAGCAAAUCUGUCUCUGGCUUUUGCUCGUCUUGGCUUUCGUGCUGGGAUCCUGGACACUGAUAUCUUUGGUCCAUCUAUUCCAACCUUGUUUGACCUCUCAGGAGAACCGAGGUUAUCAAAUAAUAACCAGCUCAUCCCUCUUACAAACUAUGGAGUCAAGACCAUGUCCAUGGGCUAUCUGGUUGGCGAGAAUGCACCAGUAGUCUGGCGAGGUCCCAUGGUGAUGAAGGCUAUUCAGCAGCUUCUACAUGAGGUAGAAUGGGGUGGUCUUGAUGUUCUUGUCCUAGACCUUCCUCCAGGUACAGGAGAUACACAGUUGACUAUCACACAGCAGGUCAUUUUGGAUGGCUCUGUCAUUGUCACAACUCCUCAUACUCUUGCCACUAAAGAUGCUGUCAAAGGUAUCAACAUGUUCAAAACAGUCAAUGUCAAUAUCCUUGGCUUGGUACAGAACAUGUCCUUGUUCACAUGCCCUCAUUGUCAUGGAGAAACCAAUAUCUUUGGUUCCAAUGCAAGGGUCGAGAAGUUAUGUCAAGAGCACCAGAUCGACUUUUUAGGUGAUAUCCCAUUACACCCCAAUAUUGGAGACGAUGGGGACAGAGGAAAACCCACAGUAGUGGCAGAACCUACGAGUGAGAGGGCAAAUGCCUUUUUGAAGAUAGCACAAGAUAUCUGUCCCAAGAUCGAUCUGAGUGGUAAAUAGCCACCGAACUUCUACUCGGCCGCCAUGUAUCAACAAUAUAGAGUAACUUGUACAAUAAUGAUUCCUGUCAGCCCAAUUUAGUAAAACACUCAAAGCCAGGGGGAGAGGUGUUCUCUGCUCAUGUAACAUUAUUUAAUUAACACCGGCUAGUCUAUGAACAUAGACCACGUCGCUCCUAUAUACUUGAGUCUGAAG